AUGGCGCUCCGGUCGCCCCUCUCCAGCUCGGUGAGGUCCCUCCUCGCCUCGUCUGGCCCCUCGACCUCUUCUGCCGGCGCAGCGGCAGCAGCAGCAGCAGCCGCUUCAGCCUCAUCGAGAGCCACGGCCGCCAGGAUGACGGUGCGCAGCUACUCUGACCGGCCACCGUCGGGCCCCAUCCCGCCGCCCCACGCCGCAUCAUCAUCGCCCUCUGCCUCGUCGUCGUCGUCGGCCUCGACCCCCUCGUCCUCGGCCUCUUCGUCGGCGUCCGACCAGACGCACUUUGGGUUCAAGACGAUCCCGUCUUCGGAAAAGGAGACGCUCGUCGGUUCCGUCUUUUCCUCGGUGGCGUCCAAGUACGACGUCAUGAACGACGCCAUGUCGCUCGGCAUCCACCGGCUGUGGAAGGACCACUUUGUCCAGAAGCUCGACCCGCGCGGCGGCAUCAAAGUCCUCGACGUCGCCGGCGGCACGGGCGACAUUGCGCUCCGCAUCCUCGACCACGCCCGCACCGCCCACUACGACCGCGAGACGAGCGUCACGGUGCUCGACAUCAACCCCUCGAUGCUCGUCGAGGGCCAGAAGCGCUUCAAGCAGUCCAUGUACUGGAACACGCCCCAGGUCUCGUUCCAGCUUGGAAACGCAGAGAACCUCGCCGCAACCAUGGACGUACCCCCGCUCCCCGCGCGCGGCCCCAACAGCAAGCAGCCCCUCCUGCCGCAGCUCGAGAGCAAGCCCAUCGCCGACCAGUCCAUCGACCUCUACACCAUCGCCUUUGGCAUCCGCAACUGCACCCACAUCGACCGCGUCCUCCAGGAGGCCUACCGCGUCCUCAAGCCCGGCGGCGUAUUUGCCUGCCUCGAAUUUGGCAAGGUCACCGUCCCGCUCCUCGCCCAAAUCUACCGACAGUACUCGUUCAACUUCAUCCCGCCGCUGGGACAGCUGCUGGCGGGGGACAGGGAGAGCUACCAGUACCUGAUCGAGUCGAUUGAGCGCUUCCCGACGCAGCCCAACUUUGCGCGCAUGAUUCGCGACGCCGGCUUCCACCUGCCCGGGUCGCCCGCCGCCACGUCGCUCGGCUUCCCCGCUAUCCAGUCGUCGCUCCUCGGCGGCGGUGGACCCGCCGCCGCCGCACCCAGGGACGAGGACCGCGACGUCCUGGGCGCUUGGGAGGACUUGAGCCUCGGUAUCGCCAGCAUCUGGAUGGGCGUCAAGGUCUGA